AUGGCGGAGGGAAAUAAUCUCCAACUACGAAUCGCGACGACCCCCGCAAUAACCGAUUUGACCCCCCUCGGGACCUCGACAUUCCCCGGCUCGGCAACAUCGGAUGUCCCCUCGGGCUCGACCCAUAGUCUCCAAGAUGCCCGAAAUCCCAGACGCUCGGUCAUUGGUAGCUCUCUACGAGAUUCGACCUCGCAUACCCCCCUCGAGAAGACCGAGUCAAGUGCCAUAGAUCCGUUAUCGCAGCACAUUAUUCAACGCACCAAUACCCAAAAAUCUAUUCCCCUGAAGUUACUGGGAAGAGCGUCAUACGAAGCAGAGGCCGUGGGCUCCGAGUACGGCCAACCAGAACCAAGCCCGACACGAGGAGAUGCAUUGCCUACGAAACCUCCCAAAGAGAAGAAAAAAGGUGUCUCCUUUCUCAGCCGCAUCAUUGGAAACAAGAAAAAAGCACACCUGUCGGAGGCGGAAGAUGAGACCUCGGAAUCCGAAGCCAACCGCAUGUCCGUUGACACUUCGCAUCCAGUUGGAUUUAUACCUCGACACCUUGCUCCGUCCAAAUACUUGAAGGUACGAGCCCAUCACAAGAAGGAUAAGACGUUCAACCGCGUGUUCCUGGCCCAAGAACUGGAGGGGAGCGGCCCACCACCCAAACCCGCAGAUAGACGGAUAUCUACGUCCUCGGCCUUGCAGAAUGGCGACCACACCGGGAAGGCCGUCUGGGCACUCAUGUUUUCCAAAGAUGGUAAAUAUCUCGCCGCCGCUGGCCAGGACCGGAAGGUCCGAGUAUGGACUGUUAUCGCUACACCGGAGGAGCGUGAGGAUUCCAAUGGGGACGAAGAGGCAACGCCCGUAGACGCACAAGAUAAUUCCGGGUUGAGGGCACCCGUGUUCCAGCCGGAACCCGUUCGGGUUUACGGGGGACACACGGGAAGUAUAUUGGACCUAAGCUGGAGCAAAAACAACUUCCUUCUUUCCUCGUCAAUGGACAAAACAGUGCGACUAUGGCAUAUUUCUCGAUCGGAAUGUCUUUGCUGUUUCAAGCACAGUGACUUUGUGACUUCGAUCCAAUUCCACCCGCGUGACGACCGUUUCUUCCUUGCUGGAUCCCUCGAUACGAAAUUGCGACUCUGGAGUAUCCCGGAUAAGAGCGUGGCUUUUGUGACUGCUGUGCCCGAUAUGAUUACUGCGGUGGCAUUCACUCCAGAUGGUCGAUACUCCAUUGCCGGAUGUUUGAAUGGCAUGCUUAACAUCUAUGACACCGAGGGCCUGAAAGUAUCAGCCCAGAUUCAUGUGCGAUCGGCGCGUGGGCGCAACGCCAAGGGUAGCAAAAUCACUGGAAUCGAUACGAUGGCGUUUCCCAAGGACGAUUCUAAGGACAGUACUGAGGGUGAUAUCAAGUUACUGGUUACCAGCAACGACUCCCGCAUCAGGCUGUACGACUUCAAUGAUCGAUCAUUGGAGGCUAAAUUCCGCGGUAACGAGAACACCUGCAGCCAAAUUAGAGCUACGUUCACCAAUGAUGGCAAGUACAUCAUAUGCGGAAGUGAGGAUCGCCGGGCAUACGUGUGGCCAAUUGGGUCUGUGCAACGAGAUUCCGAAAAGCAGGCGGUUGAGGUAUUCGAGACACAGUCUGCUAUGGUAACAGCUGCAAUAAUGGCACCGACUCAAACCAAGCAGGUCCUGGCGCUAUCGGAAGACCCAAUCUACGACAUCUGCAACCCACCCCCGGUAGCCCUGAUGGGUCCGGAAUCAACAGACACUUCAAAGAAAACAGGCCCAGGCAAAGAAAACAGAAACCCCCAUACGCGCUCUGCAUCAGCACCCCGGCUAUCCAUCGUCAGCAAAAUGGCCAACGAAUCACCCUCGUACCUGGCCCGAUCCAAGCAUCCAGGCGGAGAGAUAAUCGUGAUCGCCGACUACUCCGGGAAGAUCAAAGUCCUCCGACAAGACUGCGCAUAUCAAAAAAGACGCUACGAGAACUGGGACGCCAACUCCACCAUCUCACGCCGGAUCCUCAAACGCUCCAACUCCGCACGCCGCAGCAUUGCCUCCUCCGGAAAGGAAUCUUCCCACAAAACCCCCUCCGAGCGCAUCGUCUCAUGGCGUAACUCCGUCAUCCACCACGGCCGCUCCAGCACAGAAGGCACCCGCGCCGGCCUCAGAACCCGCACUCCAUCUCCGCAGAACCGCCCAGCGAUUUCAAGGCUAGCCUCGUCCCGCCCUUCAAGUCUCGGUCCGAACGAAUCACUAUCCGUCUUCACUACAUCACCACCACCAUCACCAUCACGCCGAUUCCGCUUCGACAGCAACCGCACUAGUGAAGACGUGAGCCGGGCCAAUGGAAACAAUAACGGUCGUGUAAACGCCUCGAACUCCAAAGCCCAAGCUCCUCCUAAAAUCGCCUCGUCCGCAGCAGACAUUCUAGCUGCCAACAAAGCACAAGACAACCCGCUCUGGCUACAGGGUGAUCACAGCUACGCGUACUGGAACAAGAUCACGCAUGAUGCGAUGGCCAUGCAGGCCCGGAAUUCGAAUGACUUGCUCAGUCCGGAUAGGAUCCCGCCACGCGAGCGCAGGCAGAGUACUUCAGCAGGUAGUGUGCUGAGCAGUGACUAUGCGUCUUCGGUUGGUGAUGCAGAGGAAGAUGUGCUUAAGUGUGAUAACUGUCGUGGGACGAGUUUCCGCGGUGUUAAGGGAAGGGAUGGGAAGCAGAAGCUUAUUUGUUCGGAGUGUCAUCGGCCUGUUUCUUGA